ACCCUGCGGCCACAGCGAUAAGAUAUGUAACGAUUGCUCGCUUAGCGCGAUACAAAAGGCAAAUCCCAAAUGUCAAUCAAGUCAGAGCAGUGUUUGGCUUCACGAUGGCGUCAAAAUUCGCGUACCUUAUUCUGCUGGCCUUCGUCGCCGUGUAUCUUCCACAAUCCGAAUGCAUUUGUAAUGCUGGGUUUGGCGCUCGAGUCAGUGGAGACAGCCUUCUUUAUUCGAUUGUGGUGUCCAAGGGUCCAGUCGAUGAGCCAGCGAAUCUGGAGCUGAAGCUAGACUACAAACCAAAUCCACUGUACAACGAACAAAUAUCACUGGCCAGUAUGCGAAGCGAUUCAACCAACGAUUGUACUUUUACCGUCCCGCAAGAUGUAAAGAAACACGUAUCUGCAACAGUGCGAAGUAAUACGCUGAUCAGGGAGUUUAUAAUUACAAUGGAUGUUUAUGGUAUUAGAUACGUUAACUGAAGAACAAUACAUCGAUCCAUCAGAAACAAAUUACCACGUGUAUGGUGACUUUUUGGGUGUGAUGCAAUGAAGGCGACAGUGACGAAGGCAGCAAAUAUAAGCAACGCUAUCGAUACGGAAUCGGCCUACUAUCUUAUCGGAGUGCAUUGGAGCACACGUUUAGUCUGUCGAAAUCCUCUU